AUGAGCAGUCCGCCGAGCCCCUCUCCAGCCCGAUGGUUCAAAGCGCUGCGCAGGACCAGGCUAGGGGAGCCGUGUUUGAAGACGUACCCGCUGGAGUGUGUGGAUCUGCUGAAGAGGGCAAGAGUUGCCUUUCGAGCUGGACGCACCCUGAAGGAGGCCUUCAGACUGGCUCAGCUGGAGGCUGUGGUCCGGAUGCUGGAGGAGCACAGCUGUGACUUUGUGGAUGCUCUUGGAAGGGACCUUCACAAGCCACGGUUUGAGACAGUUGUGUCAGAACUGAUUCUUGUCAAGAACGAGGCACUUCAUGCCAUCAACAACCUCAAGAAGUGGAUGCAGCCGCAGCAUGUGGAAAGAAACCUGUCCACCACAUUGGAUGAGUGCCUGGUGAUCAGUGAGCCGCUGGGGGUGGUGUUUAUCAUGGGGACCUGGUGUAGUCCUGUCCAGAUGUGUCUGGUGCCGCUGGUAGGAGCCAUCGCAGCAGGAAACUGUGCGAUCAUCAGCCCCUCUGAGUGCACCGCCCACACAGCAGAGCUGCUUCACCGUCUCGUCCCCUUCUACUUGGACAAUGAAUGCUUCCAUGUGAUUCUUGCAGGCACAAAUGACUUGCCUGAAAUUGUGGAACUUAAAUUUGACCAUGUCUUCUUUACAGGGAGCAGGGAGGAGGGCAGCAGGCUUGCUCAGGCUGCAGCUCGCACACUCACACCUGUCACCCUGAUUUUGGGUGGCAAGAACCCGUGCUAUGUGGACCAGCACUGUGAGAUUGCCACCACCGCACAGCGCAUCGCCUGGGCACGUUUUCAUAACGCUGGACAGAGCUUGGUGGCUCCUGACUACAUCCUGUGCCACGUGGAUGUCAAAGAACGGCUGGUGCAGGCCCUGAAGUGCUGCCUGAUGCAGUUCUACGGUUCUGAUCCCAGAGAGUCCCGAAGUUUCGGCCGCAUGGUCAAUCCAGAGAUCUUCAACCGUACGAGAGACAUGCUGUGGAGAUCUGGCAAGGUGGCCGUGGGCGGGCAAGUAAUAGAAGCGGAGAAAUAUAUCGCCCCAACAAUUUUGACAGAGGUAGCUGAGCUAGAUCCCAUCAUGAAACAGGACAUUUUUGGCCCAGUUCUUCCUGUUCUGACUGUCAACAAUAUGGAUGAGGCAAUUACCUUCAUUAAUAAGCAAGAGAAACCCCUCUGUGUGUACGCAUAUUCUAGCAACAGCAAGGUCAUCUCAAGGCUAAUGAGUGAGACGUCUAGUGGAAGCUUUUGCUCCAAUGACAGCGUCCUGCAGAGUCUGAUGGUGGCUCUGCCUUUUGGUGGAGUUGGUGCUAGUGGAAUGGGUUCCUACCAUGGCCGCCACAGCUUUGACACCUUUUCUCACAGGAAGUCAUGCCUGCUGAGAAGCACACGGUUUGAGUGUGUAACCUAUCUGCGCUAUCCGCCCUACGAGGACCGCAAUCUGUCUCUAAUGACAUGGGCCAGCACCUUGUCCCAGAAGAGCCAGGGCUGGUGCCAGAUCCUGUGA